UAGCACUCGCAACACUGCCACCAAAAUAGCAUUAUCAAAAGCUAUAUAGAAAAGUUUCCUUUCCAACCCUUCUCUUCACCUCUCUAACCAGACUCAAAGCCCAUAGCAACUUGCAAAAAUUCGUGCAAGGAUUUAUUCCCCAAAAAAGAUGUGGCGUAUAUUGGCUGCAGUGGGAAGAAACCUGAAGAACAUUAAAAAGAGUCCACGAGUAGCUGAUGAGAAUAUGUUUGCUGCAGGAAAUGGAGCUGAAUUGCCAAUCUAUGCUCCUGAUAGGGAAAGAAGGCAACGUGGGUGGAAUGGCUUUUCGUUUAUAUAUAGCGUUGUGCGUGCUCCGAUUUCAAUUCUUUCCUGCCUCUCUCACCCACAUGUUAAUGGUGCUGAUGGGGUUUGGGUAUCUGGUGAAUUUGCUCAGAUUUCAGAGAUGAAUCAUCUUAUGGUAAGUGACAGCAUGCGCUAUGCAAUAUUAAUGUAGAAACGGAAGCGAUAUUGGUUUAGGGUCUUGUUUUCUGGGUUGUCUUGGAAACGACAUGGGCUUUCUUCUUCUUUUUAUACUAGUAGACUAGACAAGUUCUUGCAUGGAUAUUGGAUCGAUUUGGAAGAAAUAACCUAGCUAGCUAGUUUGUGGUGAUCCAUGUAAAAAUAUUACUCUCUUAAUUUUUUGUUUACCUAAUGAGAAAAUGUUUGAGGUGAAGUUAAUUGUACGUCCAUAUAUGAAUGGAGAUCUUUGGUGUAUCAAUUAAUAUCAGUUGGUUCGGAUGGUGUUUGCUUCACUUGAGUU